AUGGAACGGAGUGCCCCGGAGUACACGCAGUCAGGUUUGCCUUCGCCCUACCCAAGCACGUACGGCGACAACCAGUCUGAAGCAUCGUCGGCAGAACACGGGUCCGCCCAGUACUCGAGUGGGCAGGAAACGAGGUCGACAAACUAUUCCACAUCGGCCACACCCACGUCGGAAUACAGCGUAUACCCACCGGGUUCGGCGCGGUCAGGUUCGUUCCCUGAACAUAUUCAUCGAGCAUACCAUCCGGCAGGCAACCACAGCGGCAGCAGUGGAGGUAUGGCGCAAACACCAACAAGUCCGUCCAUGCCAUUGCAAGAUGGCCGCAACCAUCAAGCCCAGCAGGUCAAAUCUGACAGCGAUGUACCCAUAGAUCCCUCCAUCGCCGCACCUAGCCCUACGUACGGUCAGUCAUACUCGCCAUACGCGCCGCCUUCUCAAGACAUGUCGCAUCAUUACCCUCAAAGUGGUGGAAUAUAUGCGCCUCCUCGACCUGAUUGGGGACAAUAUGGACAACCCGGUGGGCACAUGUCCCACCAACCCGUCUACCCUGGCACUCCAACGUCGGCGGCACCUCCCGGUCGACCAGCUCAGGUAUACUCGUUUGUGCCGAUCCCUGGCGCGCAGCAGCAUAAGAGACCCCGGCGGCGAUAUGAAGAGAUCGAGCGCAUGUACAAAUGCGGGUGGAACGGCUGCGAAAAGGCAUACGGGACUUUGAACCAUUUGAACGCGCAUGUCACCAUGCAAAGUCAUGGGCAGAAGCGAACUCCAGAGGAAUUCAAGGAAAUCCGAAAGGAAUGGAAGGCUCGCAAGAAGGAGGAGGAGCAACAACGCAAGGCUGCUGAGGAGGCUGAGCGCCAGCGCCAAGCUCAGCAUGCUGCUGCCGCUGCCCAGGUCGCCCACCAAAACGGCGCUUCAGGCCCAGAUGUCGCCGACGGUGCUCAAGCUCCGCAAUCGUACGCGGCAGGUCGACAGGUUCAGCUGCCACCUAUUGGCUAUCAGCCAGGCGGACAGUACCCUGCACCACCGGGCUCUGCAACGGGGGUUGCUCAGGUCGCCGAGUAUAGCCCGACUAACCACAUGUACCCCAAUUACCAGCAGCCGGCAUCGCCAUAUGCGCCUCCCAACCAGCAGAUGUACAGCCAACGUCAGUAA